CAUAUGGCAUCGCUGCGGACACUAUGGGAUCUUGUGAAGAUGCGGAAAAUAAUUUGCCACAGAUUCCUCUGCAUAGUGGAGGCUCUGUCACAGACCACGUGAGUGGAAUAUUCAAUGACGGUCCCCGACAGACCGGUUGAAUCUCCGCUGGCACUGUUCCUCUGCUGACAUGGACUCCUGGACUCUGGAUCUUCUCACAUUCCCACGAUCGGACGCGAAUGGAGGGCGAUCCUCUGAGUGAAUGUAGCCUCUUCUGUUUCCACCCCUUUUCUCUUCUUUUUCUUUGAUUUUCUUUCUUCUCUCUCUCUCUUCUCCAUUGUUUUUUUUUUUUUUUUUUUUUUUUUUUAUUCCCACCUAGUCCAGUACUUAGGGGGAUGGCUUGGCCGUGCAUCAGCAGAGUGUGCUGCUUGGCUCGGUUCUGGAACCAGUUCGACAAAUCGGAUCUCUCUGUUCCACUCACCAUCCAAAACUACUCGGACAUCGCCGAUCAAGAAGUGCGAUCCGUUACUAAACAGGUCUCAGCCUCGGAGCGCGCACCCGGGAAUAACUACUCCAGCCCGGACCCGCGCACCGGCUCCCCUCCGACGCACGGGGAUGGGACCCGUGGAUCCUUCAGGGCGCGUAAAGAGCCCAGUUAUAAGCCGAGGGAGGACUACCAACCGCCCGGAGUGCCUUUCCCUAGUCUUACCCAAUACAAGCAGGAUUUCAAGCCGUGGCCCAUUCCCAGGAAGGAGAAUUUCCCUUGGAUUAGUAACGGGGGCAGCAGUGUGUCGGACAGCCCGGUGAACAGUUCCCACAGUGGGGUCCAGCCUCAGCAGGGCCCAGGGGACCACAGGGAGGACAGGGGCAGGGGCCAGAGGCAGGGGGAGCAGCAGGGGAUGGAUGCCAGCAAAACCAGCUCCUACAGGCACGAGUACAGGCCAUGGACGGGGGUGAAACCAGCCAAAAGUGCAAGGAAAAACCCCCCAGUUCAAUAUGGCAGGCCAGGAGGGUCAGAGAUCACACAUAUCCCACCUGAGACCAGCUACCAGGCUGCCUACAGCGGGGACCUUCACAGGACCGGUGGUUUGCAUCAGGUGGAUCAGAUCAUCCCCUCUGCUGCGUCCCACGUCCAGCCUGUCUCCGUCCCCCAGCCCACAUCCCACAGCCCCUCCAGCCUUCAGCAGAGCAUCUUGCCCGACAAAGAUGGAACGAAAGGAGAGGAGCAUCUGGUGAGGACCAAGCUGCCUCCAAACCCUUCUGCCGUCUUUCAGAGUGGAUCCAGAGUCUUCAACAUCUGACCGCCGCUCUGAUUCACCAAACAUCCCACUUUGGCCGGUUCGGUUUAAGGCGACGACAAGGGGGAAUGUUUUCAGUCCAUUCCACAACACAAGAAUCUAUGCAAGGAAUGUAUCAUUCUGUCAGAGCAUCAGUAUCCCAAAUGGAGACCAUAAAGCGACGCCCCUUUUCCACUCCUUUCUGCCCUACUGCUAUGGAAAUGAAUAUGCAUGUAAGGAAAUAGUUUUGAAACACGCUUUUUUCCCCCCACCCUGUUUAGACAAAGGAAACAUGGCCGCUGUGUGUGUUUGUACGAGUGUGUGAUUCGGUAUUUGUCCUUUUAUUCUAUAUAAAGUUGAAUCAGCUGCAAUAAUGAAUGACAAAGUUGUGGUGUGUCAUUAAGUGUGUAUGCUUAGAGUAAUUUGUUGCAUUUUGGUGUUGCUAGAAAUCUGCCUGACUUUGAUCAAAAAUCUACAUAAGUUAUCACUCAAUUAGUUUGCUGUUUUGAGAAAAGUAAUGUUCAGUCUAUUAUUUUGUAAAUUUAUUGUUAAAGAAAAUGAGCACAUGUAUAAAUAAUGUAAGUGAAAAGACAAUAAAAGAGUAUUAGGUUCUUAACGCUU